AUGACUGCUGUGCCUAAGCCUCUUAAGUUUCUGCGUCCCCACUACCCUGCUCUAAGUGAGCUAUAUGACAAGUGGCCCAAAGGUGAAUUACAGAACCAAUUAGCAGAUGUUCUAUCAGUAUUGGGUAUGACAUAUUCUGGUGAAGGUAAAUUGGAAAGUUUGAAAUACCGUCUGCUUUCUGGUAUUGAUGAUGUUGGCAGCUGGGGUCAUGAGUAUGUUCGUCACUUGGCCCUGGAGAUCGGUGAAGAGUUUGGAACUCGAUCUGAGAAGGAGGAAUCUACUGAUGAUUUGUUAGAUUUGUCUUUAAAGAUUGUUCCAUUUUUCUUGAAACACAAUGCUGAGGCUGAUGCUGUCGAUUUACUGUUGGAAAUUGAAGCUAUUGACAGAUUGACCGAGUUCGUUGAUGCCAACACUUUCGGCAGAGUUUGUCUUUAUAUGGUCAGCUGUGUUCCUUUAUUGGCACCUCCUGAUGAUCUUAACUUCCUCCACACUGCUUACGAAAUCUAUUUACGACAUGGUCAACUGACUCAAGCCCUGGCAUUAGCUAUUCGUAUUGAUAAUGAAGAUCUUAUCCGAUCUGUCUUCAACGCAACUACUGACGAGCUCGUUCAACAACAAUUAGCGUUCAUUGUGGCCCGUCAGCAAUACUGGUUUCAAGUUGACAACGAAGAAGUGCAAAAGUGCUUGUCAAACGUGUCAUUGUCUGAGCAUUUCUUGUACCUUGGUAAGGAAUUGAACCUGUUGGACCCCAAGACUCCUGAAGACAUUUACAAAAGUCAUCUGGAACACUCUACUUUGGGUACUUCUACCGGAAUUCUCGAUUCCGCCAAACAGAACUUGGCUGCUGCGUUUGUCAAUGCCUUUGUGAACUGUGGUUACGGUGCCGACAAACUCUUGAUGAACGAUGAGGAGUCUAAUUCCUGGAUUUACAAGACCAAGGGUCCUGGUAUGGCAUCUACAACCGCUUCAAUUGGAUCUCUUUUCCAAUGGAACUUCGAUAAGGGUCUCCAGCAGUUGGAUAAAUAUACAUAUUCUUCUGAAGAGCAGAUCAAGGCUGGUUCAUUGUUGGGUAUUGGUAUUGUUAAUGCUGGUGUACACGACGAGUCUGAUCCUGCUUUUGCUCUAUUGUCUGAAUACGUUGACAAUCCAAGUGUCCAUUUGCGCGCCUCUGCUAUUGUCGGUUUAGGAUUGUCGUAUGCUGGUUCUAGACGCGAGGACCUGGCUGAGUUGCUCUUGCCAAUUGUUACCGACUCUGGUCUCACUAUGCAAUUGUCAUCUUUGGCAGCUCUUUCUCUUGGUCACAUUUUUGUUGGAUCAGCUAAUGGUGAUAUUUCUAGUAGCAUCUUGCAAACUUUGCUUGAAAGAGACCACAUUCAGCUCAGUGAUAAGUGGACUAGAUUCAUGGCCCUUGGUCUAGCACUUUUGUAUAUGGGUAAAUAUGAAGAUACUGAAGAAGUUCUUGAAACCCUCAAAGCUAUUGAUCAUCCUAUUUCACAGAUUAUUGAGGUUUUGCUGACUAUAUGCUCAUACUCUGGAACUGGUAACGUUCUUCAAAUCCAAAAGCUUUUGCAAGACUGUACCACACGUCCAGAACCUGAGAAGAAAGAUAGCGAUGCUGCUGAGCAACCACCAGCUGAGGGACAGACUGAAGAGCAACAACAACAGCAAGCUGAUAAGGAGAAAGAAGAGGCUGAAGAGAAGGCUAAGCAAGAAAGUGUUUUCCAAGGAUACUCUGUUCUUGGUUUAGCGGUAAUUGCAAUGGGUGAGGAAAUUGGCCAAGACAUGGUUCUCAGACACUUUGGACAUUUAAUGCAUUACGGUGAUGCCCAUAUCAGAAGAGCAGUGCCUUUGGCCAUGGGUCUGGUUUCAGCAUCUAAUCCACAGAUGAAGGUGUUUGAUACUUUGUCCCGUUAUUCUCACGAUAGUGAUUUGGAUGUCGCUGUCAACUCUAUUUGGGCCAUGGGAUUGGUCGGUGCUGGUACCAAUAACGCCAGACUUGCUCAACUGUUGAGACAGCUGGCCAUGUACUACUCGCGUGACCCAGACUCCCUAUUCAUGGUUCGUAUUGCCCAAGGUUUAAUCCACCUUGGUAAGGGUACUCUUACUGUGAAUCCUUUCAACACUGAUAGACAGAUCCUUUCGCGAGUUUCUCUCGCUGGUCUUUUGACGGUGUCGGUAGCCCUCCUGGAUCCUAAAUCAUUUAUCCUAUCCUCUGCUCAUUCACUUUUGUACUUUGUUACAACUGCAGUUCGUCCUCGUAUGUUGAUUACACUCGACGAGAAGUUAGAGCCAAUUAAGGUUAAUGUCAGAGUUGGUCAAGCUGUUGACGUUGUCGGACAAGCUGGACGACCCAAGACUAUUACUGGCUGGGUUACACAUAGCACCCCCGUGCUUUUAGGUUAUGGAGAAAGAGCUGAACUUGAAGACGACGAAUAUAUCAGUCUUGCUAGUUCACUAGAAGGCGUAGUCAUCUUGAAAAAAAACCAUGAUAGAAUGGAAGUCGAUGGUUGA